AUGGCUGUGAAGCACCGGGACUUGGAAGCAGAUAUUCUUUUUGCUUUGCAGCCCCAUCCAAACAUAAUAAAAGUUUACGGAAAAUGUUCUUUGAGGCCUGGAGAAGAGGCCCUGCUGCUGGAGUACUGCAGCAGGGGUUCUCUGGACACUCUGGUCUUUCCGGGGGCCCCGGGGGGCCCUGGGGCGCGCGCAGCAGCAGCAGCAGCAACAGCAGCAGCAGCAGCAGCAGCAGCAGCAGCUGGUACUUUUACUACGGAGAAGUGCGGGGCCAGCGGCGGCACGGGUGGGGCCUCCUGGCGGAUGGGGAAAGAUUAG